CAUUUUGGCUCUAGCGCGAGCUGGCCCUCAACGGACCGCUCUUCCGCUCGCUUGAGCCCGAAUGUCGCCGUUUUCCCCGUCGCCGCUCAAGUGGCACUGGCCGUGAAAACAGCGCCAUUUCCGUCGGCGUCCAUGAUACGCUAUGCUACCGCAGCGGAUUCCAGAGCCCGAGCUCGGAACGGCAGCAAGAGAGAAGUAGCCGCUCCCUUGUCGGCGUUCCUCUCCUCUUCAGCCCCCUCGCAGGUGGUGCUGUUGAAGCGAUUGUUGCAACAUGGACGUGUGACGACAAAAACACCGGUUGUGUUUUGCUGUGCAGAUGAGAUCCAUCCGCACCAUAAGCCAUGCCUGACGAGUAAAACCACCCUUUUUUGCUGAAAGCAACCAAAAAGGGGAAAAGGAAUCCCACAUGCCUCCUCACGUAGAAGCCCUUCGGUGCGUCUCGCUGGAGUGAUCUGCCCAACCUUCCAGAGGUUCCGCCUCGCCCGCUCUCUCUUCGCUCAUCUCCGACAAACAGCUCAUCGCGAUGCCAGUCCACCUGAGAAUAACCAACACCUGAGGUCUCAUGCGUCCCGUGAGCACCGAUUCAGACGGUCGUGCUCCUCCCGAGAACCUCUCUUGCCUCUACCCGCUCGCGGGCCCACUAUCCGCUUCAGAGAUGUCCCUGCUUCAGUCGCUGGGCCCGGUGCAAAGCUGGCUGGGCCAGGAGCUGGAGAAGUGCGGGAUCGAUGCCAUGAUUUACACCCGCUACGUCCUCAGCCUCCUCCUGCACGACAGCUACGACGACUAUGACCUGCAGGACUACCUUCAAGAGAACGACAUCUUUUUGGGCUGGGAGAAGGGACCUGGCAAGAAAUGGGGCAAGAGUAAGAAGAAGGGAGGGACCGACCUGAGUCUGGAGGAAAUGAAGAAACAAGCGGCGGUGCAAUGUCUGCGUUCUGCAUCUGAUGAAAACUCUGGAAUCGAAAGCCUGGUUGAGGAGCUUUGCUCCAAACUUCGGGACAUUCAAAACAAACAGAAAGAGGAAAAACAGAUCCAAAAAAAGUCUGGCCGUGCUCAUUCUCCCGAACGAGUCGAGUCCCCCUCUUCAAAGGACCAGGUGGAAAUGUAUUAUGAAGCUUUCCCGCCUUUGUCCGAGAAGACUGUUUGUCUCCAAGAGAUCAUGACCGUGUGGAACAAAGCCAAGGCCUGCGCGUACUCCAGUUCAUCAUCCUCGGCCGCUCCGCACACUAGCACGGACACGUCAUCCCCAAAAGAUUGCAACAGCGAAGGCGAAGCUGCCAAGGAGCGGAACCCCGAAGCCUGCGCCACCAUCACGGGCGUGGCGAGCGAGAGAGGCCAGCAUCGCCGAAGCAAGAAGGAGAAAGAGAACCGAUACCACGGCGGCGCGGCGGCAGAGGAGAAGAACACGGUCCACUCCAAGCGACAGGCGAGACACAGGUCCGAGGGCAAAUAUCGGGCCCGGUCCUGGUCUUCGGGCUCUAGCGAGGGGGGCUCGAGCUCGAGCGGCAACCAGGGCGACAAGUCGUUCCGAAGCAAGGCGGUCAGGGUCAGGCACAAAUCCCGAGAGCUCGGGAAGAGUAAGAGACAGCGCAAUAGCGGACAGCCCAGGCUCGCGUCCAAGGCUGUCGACAAAGAGGAGCAACGGAACGCGGGGGUGACGGGCAAACCGCUGCAGCUUUACAAAAAGAACCGGAGGUCCCUUAAAGAGAUUCGCAAAGAUCCGGUCUGGCCGCCAGCAAACGAGAUGAGGGUGGAGGACAGGAACGCAAAAGAAUAUAUGGAGGAGCCGCUUUGGUACACGGAGCCCAUCACCGACUAUUUUGUACCCUUCAGCAGCGAGCAAAGCAAGCUGGAGACAAAGUAUCGAAGCAAAGUAGGAUCCCCUGAAGACUUUGCCUCGUCAGCUGACGCGGCCCCGCACCCGGAGAGAAUCCAGGGAAUCUGCGUGGCCAACGAGAGCUACCAGAGAACAUACCUUGCCGCGGGCUCGUUUGUCGACGGCCACUUUGUGGAAGCGACGGGCGAAGCCGAGGAGGAGGAGGAGGAGGACGCCGCGCCGCUCGUUGGGACCUCAAGCUGCCCUCAGCCAGAGGAUGGUGGACAUUUAGAUGACAAGCAUCUGCCAGAAUUCACCGACUUCUACGAAGUUGAUAUUUAUCAAUCCAUAUUGGAUACUAGUGCCUCAGACUCGUUACAAGAGAGUCGGAUCCUCGGCAUGAUUCGACGAAAAAGCGAUGAGCAAAGAGAAUCUCGUUUAGUGUUAGAUGGCUUCGAGCAGCAAGGGAAAAGUGCAAUAAGGGCAGACGCGGAGGAAGCGCCGGGAUCGUCCGGGUUCCUCGUGGAGGAUCUCGACAGCAUGGCUCAAGUCUGGGGACGUUACUCGCCGUCGACGUCAGACGAUAUCGACGGAGAAAGCUUCUUGGGCGACUCGCCCGUUCGGCUCUCCCCCCUCCUCGAUAGCGUUUCCUUGACGCUGCGCAAUUUGUCGGGGAACGCCGAGCCGUCCGGCUUGAACUCCUCCUCGUGCUUCUCUCUGUUUGAGCUGCAGUACGACAGUCCCACUCGCUCCCUUCCCCUCGACUCGCUCUCCGUCGCUCACGAAGGCAACGCCGCCGCCGACCCAUGUAGCUGUCUCGACCCGCAAGCUAACAAACAGUCUCGUUUGCUAAUAUGGACCAAAAAUAGUGCCUUUGAUGAAACUGAACACUGCUCCAACCUUUCAACUCGGACUUGUAGUCCGUGGUCGCAUUCAGAGGAGACUCGUUCCGACAACGAGCACGGGAAUAUUACGGCCGAGGACCCGGCCGCUCCGAUUGGCUCUGAUGAAAUUGAUUGUAUCAUCCCUCCUAUUUCUGGUACAUAUCUGGAGGAUGAAAUCUUGGACUUCCUGCAACAGGACUCCGGGCGCAAAUGUGAGGAGGCGAGCAUUUGCACAGCAUCCUGCCGGACUUACACCAAAAAAUCGAAAUUGGAGUCCCUUUGCGGAAUAGCAUUGGAAGAGGACGAGGGUAAGCCGUACAGCGCGAGCGUUUUCUCCGACGACGCAAACGGACAAAGGGGCGAGUACAGCUCAGGAAUAAUCAAAGACAUUUGGUCCGCGGUCGGCGAGGCCAAGGCGGCGGUGGCAGCGGCGAGGCAAGGUGGCGAGAAAAUGAAAGAGGAUGUGUUCUCCGAAGACUCGGGCGCUUACUGCGGCAGCUGCCCGGAGGUGCAGGCCAAAGGCGUUCCCGUCGAGCCGCCUCAGAAAAAAGCUGUGCAGCGCUCCGAGUACCACCUCUGGGAGGGCAAGAACCAAGAACAGGACUUGGCCAAAAACAAACUCUCCAAGUUAGACGGCGCCGGGGAUUAUAUGACUCCGUCCAAGCCCUGGGACUUGAGAUCAGAUAAAGACGGCACGUCUUUUAUCAUCGGCGGCGUGUACGGAGAGUUCACGACGUUGAGUUGCGAUAAGAAUUGGGCCGUGGUGCCACCAAACGAAUCUCGGCACGGCUUGCUGCAGUCGCCGGCGGCGGCGGGCGCCGCGUCCGGUUCCGAAAUGCUCACAAUCACCGGCGCAGACGUGUUGGUGAACAAGGGCGGCUGCUUUGCUCCGGGACACCGGCGCCUGUGGAGGCCCCUCGUGUCCUUCGGCCAAAGCGAGCGCGCCGUGGCGGCGAGCCGAGACAAAUUGAACAAGGGAUUCUCCUUCAUCUUCCGGGAAGAUUUGCUGGGAUCCUACGACGGCUUGCGUAGCGAGGAGCAACGUUUAGAAUACCCGUUUGCCUCCUUCGACCUGAACAAUCCCUUCUCUCAAGUCCUUCACGUGGAGUGCUCCUUUGAGCCUGAGGACAUGGCUUCCUUCAGCCCGGGCUUCAAGCCGAAAUCCAUCCUUUGCUCCGACUCGGAGAGCGAAGCCUUCUGCCCGCAAAUUUACGGCAUCAAGCAAACGCAGUACCGGGCCAUUCGCAUUUCCCCCAGGACUCAUUUCCGGCCCAUAUCGGCCUCAGAGUUGUCCCCCGGGGAAGUGAGCGAUUCGGAGGCCGAGACCGACAAAGAGGAGGCGAGUUUCCCCGUCCUGGCACCGGUGGACGUUUUUGACGAUCCUCAAGCCGAUCUCAAACCACUCGAGGAGGACGCCGAAUGCGAAGGCCCGUAUUAUGGAAAGUCUGAACUGGAAUCUGGCAAAUUCCUGCCCAGGUUGAAGAAGUCCGGCAUGGAGAAGAGUGCCCAGACCUCUCUGGAUUCACAGGAAGGCCCCAGCGUCCUUCUGCCCAUUGCCGAGCAAGAAAAAUGUUUGGACUGCCAGGCGGCGGAACACGGAUCAACCGCAGACGAGCAGACGGACACCUCGGCCGCUCCGUCGCAAAAAGAAGAGUCUCCGGUGGAAAAACCGAGCUACUUGUGUGCGACGGCGGGCCAAACGCCCAAAUACGGGAUCGCGUACGACAUUGUCAGAGAUGUGCCGGAGCUCCCUCUGCUAAGUGGACAGGGAGUGAGCGGCAAUCAAGACGAUGAGUGCUGGUGGCAAAACACACUCUGCCCACCCUUGUUCCCCGGAUCACAGUGUACAGGGAGCAGCAACAUUUGAGUUCUUCAUUUCGCACCGGACUUGUGUUGGCAAGGUUGCAGAGUUUUGGCGACUGUACCGCCCGCCACCAGCUUUUUAUUCAGGUUCAUCUCAAGAGCCACAAAAACCUCUUAACGUGGGCUCGUUUCUCGCUUUCCACCGACUCCGCCGACACGAGCAUAACUGCUGAGUUUUCAUUUACUAACUCCGUGCUUGUGUAAUCAAUCAGAUUGACAGGGGGGGGCGGGGGUGACAAAAUGCGUUCAAAUAAGAUGAGGAAAAAAAAAAGUGUGUUAGAGUGAUGAUGCCAGAUUUCCAUUUAAAAUUUCUGAUGCAGCUAUGAGGUUACCACUUUUGUUUCAGUUCUGCUUCCACCACCUUGCUUUUCAACUUCAAUACUGGAUAGUUGGUUGCACGCGAAUGGUUGUGCAUGUGCGUUUGUCCGGCCAGUCUCACUCCUCCCCCCCCCCCCCCCCCCCCCUAGUAAAAAUAUAAAGAAAAACAAAAACCGCAUUGCUGCAUAAAUCAACCGCAAUCCCAUGCGCUACUCUUCGUCUUUUCUCGAGAAAGACCAGAGGUUGAGAUUUUUUCUUUUUCGUGAUGAGCUUCUAUUUUCUUUAGUUUGUUAUGAAAGAAGUAGAGAAUGUGUGCAUUUUUUUUUUUUUUUUAAUUUUGAAUUGCCCCAGCGUAUGAAAAAGAGUUUUUGAAAGCGUAGUUAUAGACUUCAAGUAUGGUUUGUGAGCAAAAACAAAGAGGAAAAAAUAAAUAUCACAUACCGAUCCAAACUGCAAUUCUCUGAAAUAAUUUGGCAAGGGGAAAAAAAUGAAGAUAAAGACCCACAAAAAUAUCUGAAGGUGAUUUUUUUUUUUUUUUAAUAAAUCCUUUUGUUACUUCUGUUGUACUCAACAUUGGUGCUAUAAAUAUUUUUCAUAAUGUGGCUGUGGUAAUACGGAAGUGUUUUUUUUUUUUUUUUGUAGUCCAGACAGUCUGCAUCCAGCCUUUUUUUUUUUUCUUCCAAAAUUAUGAAAAGGAGACAAUUGUUUUCCCUGAUUACUGUUGAUUGUACUUUUCUUAUUUGAUUAUUUCACUUUAAUGUAACUUUUUGAGUUGCGGAGAAGCAUUUCUUUUCAGUUUGUAGUCACGGGGCAAAACAAACAAAUGACUCUCCGUGUGGAAUUUGUGUUGGUGCAACCAAACAUGAACAUGGUUAAACCUAAAAAAACAAAAUGCCAUAAUAACACUACAAGGUACGGUUGUUGUUUUUUUUUUCUCAACGUAUGGUGUGUUUAUCUCCCAUUUUAUUUGGUCCAUUUAUCUUGUUGAAGCAUUGAGUCAUAUUCUGAUGCGCGUGAACAACGAACUUGUCACAAUAAGUGAUUCAACUUGAAUGGUGAAUACGUACGCAUGUAAGUUUGUUCAAAUCAAAACAAAAAAAAGCAAAUACAUUUAAAAAAAAAAACAACAAAAAAAACAAAUUGGAUUUGAUGGUUCAAGUGUAUUUUAUUGAGCCUUGUUGCGACUUGCGUGUUGCUGAUUGAAAAUACAGUUUAAAAAAAAAAAUCAGCAGGGUAAAAGCUUUUUCCUGUUUAGCAUUUAGUAAGGCUGCCUGUCUUUCCCAAUUUUGUUUCAUUAGAAGAAAAAUUGGCCAGGCUUUUUUUUUUUUUUUUUUUUUAAUAAGAUCCUAACCAUGAUUCUCAAGCACAAACUUCCCAUCAGUGCGCCGUUGCUUGGAAAUGAAUGUGUCAAUGUAGUGUUCAUAACGCAUGGCAGGUCGAAGGCCCCACUUUUCGAAACGGCUUCCUUGUUUGGAAACCUUAACGCCAAUUUCGGGGUCUCGCCCGCCUGUCUUUCACAGUCAUCAGACACUCAGGAAUUUUUUCAUACACUUUCAUAAAUGUGAUCUACAAUCAGAUGUGGCAGGGGGGGGUCAAUUUGUAGAUUACGCAUUGACAUUAUUUCCAAGCAAGCCACAGAGAUGACUGGUUUUAUUUGGAGUUAUAUAUAGUUUUAGGAGAGGAGGGAGAAAGAGAGAAAAAGCCAUUGAAGACUGCAUAAGCAAUGUCGAGUGGCACGCUUCUCAAAAGCCGCCAAGGUUUCUAUGCAAUGCCUUGGCGCUUGUAAGCCCUCAAGGGUAUGUGGAGAAAAGUCAAUCAUGUCAAAUUUUGCAUGUUUGUUUUUCACUGGACGCCUGGGGUAAAAAAAGGAAGUCUGAAAAUACAGCUUGCUAAAGUCAGUCCACCUUUUUUGGGGGGGGGGGGGGUCUGUAUCAAAAAUGUUUAAGAGUGAUGUGAUUGAUCAGUCAGAAGGUAUUUUGAGACAGUUUGGAGUGUUGUGGUUGGGAGCCGACGUUUCAAUGGGUGGUCUCUUUAUGACAAAAAAAAGGUUUGAGUUCGUCAUCAAAAAUAAGUCAUGAAGCGCUUAGUUGAAAGUAACGCGUCUCACCUUUCUCCGUGAAAUUCUUCCAUUUUCUUAUGCUGCAUUUGAACGAAAAAGAAACGGCAAGAUAAAAAAAUGCAUUCAGUGAGGGUCUUUUUUUUUUAAUUGGGGGGCACUGAAAACUUUUCAGUCAUUUCAUUCCUUCCUCUUGGUUGUCCCAAUCUCACUCGAAAUAGCCGUGUGUGUUCUGACUUUAUGUACACCCUGAGUAAAUGAUUUUGUUUCAUUGUGGAUUUCAUUAACAUCUAAUAAAGGGUCGACCAAA